GGGGGGGUGUGGGGAGAAGGGAGGAAGAGAGCGUGGGCGGAGUUGCCAGAGAGCAGCCCUGGGAAGGCUGCGGCUGCCCCCGCCCCUGUCCCCUGGCUUUCUCUUGUUGCUGCGGUUGAGGAAGCGGCCGCUGCGCGUCUGGGCUCCGGUGGGCACUAGCUGGCGAAGGAGCUACGGCAAAAUCAAGUGUGUGAGCCUGACUCACAGACAGCUGAUCAGGAAGCUUUGGCUUGGAAAACUCUACAAGAGUUGGGAAAAAGAAGUCAGUUUGGCUGGCUGGUGCAAAGCGAGAGGUCUCAUUGAGAGAAGAAAGUGCAAUUUGUGCUAUUUUCUCAAGGUAAAGAAUGAAGACUAAUCUAUCCUGAAGAAACUGAAGUAACGUUUCAGCUAUUUUCUUCAACAGCAUCCUGGCCAGUGCUCAGCAGCCUUAGACAACAAGCACAAUGGCUGCAAACAAGAAUAAGAACCAGAGCUCAUUAGUUCUUCACAAAGUGAUCAUGGUUGGCAGUGGAGGGGUGGGCAAAUCUGCACUUACCCUUCAGUUCAUGUAUGAUGAGUUUGUAGAAGACUAUGAACCUACCAAAGCUGACAGUUAUAGAAAGAAAGUGGUCCUUGAUGGAGAAGAAGUACAGAUAGACAUUCUGGAUACAGCUGGACAAGAAGAUUAUGCAGCUAUUCGAGACAACUACUUCCGUAGUGGGGAGGGGUUUCUCUUAGUCUUCUCCAUAACAGAACAUGAAUCCUUUACAGCCACAGCAGAGUUCAGGGAACAGAUUCUGCGAGUUAAGGCUGAAGAAGAUAAAAUCCCUUUGCUUGUGGUGGGAAACAAAUCUGACUUGGAAGAGCGGAGACAGGUACCCAUUGAAGAAGCCAGAAGUAAAGCAGAAGAGUGGGGUGUCCAGUAUGUAGAGACAUCUGCCAAAACCAGAGCCAAUGUAGAUAAGGUAUUCUUUGAUCUCAUGAGAGAAAUAAGAGCAAAAAAGAUGUCAGAAAAUAAAGACAAGAAUGGCAAGAAAAGCAGCAAGAACAAGAAGAGUUUUAAAGAAAGAUGCUGUUUACUGUGAUUGCCAAGAAUGUGGAUCAGAUCUGUCAGUUGCCACUGAGGACACAGGGCUGGAUUCAUGAAAGGAAGAGUAUAUUUCUUUAGUUAUGCGUUCUUUUCUUUUUACCUGAUUCAUGUAUUAUUUCUUUAAAUGAAAAAAAAAAAAGAUUUGUGAAUCAGGCAGUAGCUGGCAGAAAAAAAAAUGACCCAAUUUCCCUGGAAUGGAACUAUUCCUCUGUCAAUUUUUUCUUUUAACUAAAAGCUUAACAAACUUAGUAUGACAGGCAGAAAAUAAUCCAAUGUUAAAUUUUAAAAUACUGUAUUGUAGCUUAUGAUAUUUUUCCAGUUUUAUAACAUCACCAUUUCAGUCAGAAAUUAAAAGUCUCUUGUUUUCUUUAGGUUUUGGGAAGGAAAACCAGACUUUCUUCCACACUCAGCAUUCUAACACUUUACCAUUUUAUUAAUGGCAGUCAGAACAAUUAUUAAAUUACAGAGCAAGUGGUUUGAUUAUGUUUAAUGACAUAAGUGAAAUUGAAUGACUUAUUAGAUUUUUUUAGUAAUUCCCAGAAGAGUCUGAAAAGUAGCUAAAAUAUAAAUUUGAAUUGUCUUGAUUAGAUUAUUUUGAAUUUCAAAAGUCUCAUUCAUAUACAUUUAAGGUAUCUGCCCUGGCUUUAUUUUUGUUUUUAAAUAUUUAAAUAUUGGCUAGUUUUACUUUUUUGUCUGGUUCUUCCCUAAGGGUCCCAAGAUUGUGUGGGAACUUAUAAAAAAAGUGCACUUUCUUAAACUUCACCUUUUGCAACUUUUUAAUUAAAAAAAAAAAAAGCACCAAUCCCACAACACACUCAUAAGCUCUCAGUUUUGAAGUUCAUGCUUAUGCUAACUUCUCACACUAAUUGGCAUGAGCAAUUUACCAAGCACCAUUUUAUCCUCAUAGUAAUCAUCAUCAUUGUUUAAAGAUUAUACUUUCUCUUACAGCACUGAAACUCCUGGGCAAGUAGCAAAUGUUGCUGAUGCUCUACUUUUUGUUUCUUUACCUUGUUUAAUGCAAAUGCUUUGGAAGAGUGAUGAGCUACAGUUGUAACCUAAAAUCAUGAAGCCAGAGCCAGUGCCAGACAUUUUGCUACCUCUCAGAGAAUUACUCAGUAAUUCUAAAUUUAAAUCAGAAAAACGGUGAGGAGAGUGAAGGUAGGCCACUGCCAUGUUCUCUCUGUUUGGUUGUGGUUUUUCAUACAGUAUUCGUCUGACAGACAUAUUAUUUAGAGAGAUUUUUAUUGAUGAGAGAAAUACGGUUAAGUGUAGUUGUCCUACUUGCUGCUGCCAUAUUCCUAAAUUAAGCAAUCAUGCAAAUUUCAACAGAAAGUCAAAAUUUAACAGCCUUUUCUUUUCAAUAAAAAUGAGACUUUAAGUGUAGGUGCCAAAACGAAAAAAAGAAAAA